UGGCGCGGGUGAGGCGGGCCGGGCAGCGCCGCCAUUUUGUGAGUCUAUAACACGGAGCGGUUGGGUUCGUUCCUGCUAUUCCGGCGCCUCCACUCCCUUCCCGACGGGUCUCCUCCGUGUGCAAUGGACGGCAUUGUCCAAGAUAUAACAGUUGGUACAAAGCGGGGAUCUGACGAGCUUUUCUCUACUUGUGUUACUAACGGACCCUUUAUCAUGAGCAGCAACUCCUCUUCUGCAGCUAAUGGAAACGACAGCAAGAAAUUCAAAGGUGAUAGUAGAAGCGCUGGGGUCCCGUCCCGAGUAAUCCAUGUCCGUAAACUCCCCAGUGAUGUCACGGAGGCAGAGGUCAUUUCUUUGGGCUUACCUUUUGGCAAGGUCACCAAUCUUCUAAUGUUGAAAGGAAAAAACCAGGCUUUCAUAGAAAUGAAUACGGAGGAGGCAGCCAACACCAUGGUGAACUACUACACCACAGUCACUCCAGUCCUCCGGAGCCAGCCCAUCUAUAUUCAGUUCUCCAACCACAAGGAGCUUAAGACAGACAACUCUCCGAACCAAGCACGUGCCCAAGCAGCUCUGCAAGCAGUGAACUCUGUUCAGUCUGGAAACCUAGCGCUGUCAGCCUCUGCUGCAGCAGUAGAUGCAGGAAUGGCGAUGGCUGGCCAGAGCCCUGUCCUGAGGAUCAUUGUUGAGAAUCUCUUCUAUCCUGUCACUCUAGAUGUUCUGCAUCAGAUUUUUUCCAAAUUUGGUACAGUCCUGAAAAUAAUUACAUUCACGAAGAACAACCAAUUUCAGGCCCUGCUACAAUAUGCUGACCCGGUGAGCGCUCAGCACGCUAAACUGUCUUUAGAUGGACAGAAUAUCUACAAUGCCUGUUGUACGCUGCGCAUAGAUUUCUCAAAGCUCACGAGUCUCAAUGUAAAAUACAAUAACGAUAAGAGCAGAGAUUAUACGCGACCAGACCUACCUUCUGGGGAUAACCAGCCCUCUCUUGAUCAGACCAUGGCAGCUGCUUUUGGUGCCCCAGGAAUAAUUUCCGCUUCUCCGUAUGCGGGAGCUGGCUUUCCUCCUACCUUUGCAAUUCCCCAGGCUGCAGGUACUGUAUUUCGCCUGUCAGUUCCAAAUGUUCAUGGAGCACUAGCUCCUUUGGCUAUCCCAUCAGCAGCAGCUGCAGCGGCUGCAGCAGGACGGAUUGCCAUUCCCGGCCUCGCUGGGGCAGGGAACUCCGUUCUGCUGGUUAGCAAUCUGAACCCUGAGAGAGUUACACCCCAAUGCCUCUUUAUUCUUUUCGGGGUCUAUGGUGAUGUGCAGAGGGUGAAGAUCUUAUUUAAUAAGAAAGAGAAUGCCCUAGUUCAGAUGGCUGAUGGAAACCAGGCCCAGCUUGCCAUGAGCCAUUUAAAUGGUCAGAAGCUUCACGGGAAACCAAUCCGCAUAACACUGUCCAAGCAUCAGACAGUGCAGCUUCCCCGCGACGGACAGGAGGACCAAGGUCUGACGAAGGACUAUGGGAACUCUCCUCUGCAUCGCUUCAAGAAACCAGGCUCCAAAAAUUUCCAAAACAUCUUUCCCCCUUCUGCCACUCUUCAUCUGUCCAAUAUUCCACCUUCAAUAACUGAAGAAGACCUUAAGAUGUUGUUUUCAAGCAAUGGUGGGAUGGUCAAAGGAUUCAAAUUCUUCCAGAAGGACCGUAAAAUGGCUCUGAUCCAGAUGGGCUCUGUGGAAGAAGCCAUUCAAUCACUCAUUGACCUCCAUAAUCAUGACCUGGGUGAGAAUCAUCACCUGCGUGUGUCCUUCUCGAAGUCCACCAUUUAAAGCUUUGGAAGGUGUGAGAGACAAAAAUGGACUUGACUUAAAACCUCUUGGGUUCAGCCUUGACCUUAAAAGGCUGAACGCUAGGGUUUCAACUUCCAUCAUUCCAGAAAAAAAGCCACUUUAAAAAUGCAGCUGAAGUGACCUUAAAAGACCAGAGAUUUUAUUUUUUUAAAGAGAAAUCAGUUUACCGGUUUUUAAAAAAAAAAAUCUAAUUCAUAUUGCUAACCUUGCGGUGAUGGGUAACAAUCUUGACUGUUCAAAUAAAAAUCACAAGUUAAAGUUUACACUUUGGAACCUGCUCUGGGAAAUUCCCCUCCCCUCCUGCUCCUUCUCCCUCAAAAAGCAGAUCCUAACAAGCUUAUCAGGUUUCACAUUGAUGCCUUUUUUAUUUUCUUUACCCAUCCAUGCCUUGAAAGACCUAAAACCACUGUGUAAAUUCACUUUAGCGCCUUGUGAGUCAGGAUUUUGCAAAAUGCGUGGUGUACAGGAGCUCCCAACUCGCCCAGCACAAAAAUAAGUUGCAUUGAUCCUACCUUAACUGUGCAUCUGCUGUCCUGUGCCUUAAAUCUUUUACUUCUUUGGGGAAAACAUCUGAGCUGUAGGGAGUGGAUUGGGAGAGUUGAGGGGAACGAGUGAGCUCCGGCUUACUGGAUCAGCUUGUGGUAGUGAAGGACAAGUGAAGCUGGCAAAGUGGAUAAAGAAAAUAUUGGGCUUUGACUCUUCAGGCAGUUGUACCCCACUGUCCGUGAAACGUCUCAAUCUGCAUAGUAUCAUGUGUCUUCAUGCCACUUUCCGAUCGGCUGGCGGUUGAUCGCCAUCCGCAAACCUUCAAGUGGGAGUUGUUUAAGAUCCUUUGUCCGUAACAUUCAGACUGAGUGGAAAGGUCUGGGUGGGGAAGCGUUCCCAAGACCAAAUUACAUUCCAUUGUCAAUAGCAAGUCAACAGGCUCUGCCCUUCGAGAGCAUUGAUCAAGAUACAAAAUUAACCACUGAUGGACGCUUGUGAAGACGAAUCAUUAAGAGUUUGUCAAAAUUAUGUGUGUGUAUAUAUAUAUCUAAAUACUUGGCUAGGAUUUGAAGAAUUAUCGGAUAUCCCACAUCUAGAGAGGUGUUCAUGUGAGUCACCUUCGUGCCCCUAAUUUGAGAUUAACAAGACCAACGUAGCUCUGCCGUCAUUCUUAUAGCAUGUCUUCAGCAUUUGAGCUUUUUGUUUUAAUUCUUGUAUUAUACUUUUUGAUGCCGUUGCUGUCAUCUGUGCCUAGCAAUAUUUCCAGUUGACCAAAUAUUCUAAUCUCUUUAUAUGCAAAAGAAAUAGUUUAAGUACCUUUUUAUAGAAUGAUAAGAUGGUAUAAACGUAAUCUAAAUUUACUCCUUUGUGGUAUUACCCUUGUAUACUGUACUUAUUUUUUUUUUUUUUUUGUAAUUGAAGCUGUAGGACAGGAAUUUAGUUACCAGGCUGAGGUCAUGACUGAGGAUGAGUAAUGUAAUGAAAUCGAUAAAACACGUUAAGCAAAGCAGAUUUUUAAAGCAAAGUGUUUGAGAGAACAAGCACAAAUAGCUUGUGAAUUUAAGUAAAAGGACCCAGGCUAAAGUUUUUACCUUUUUAACCUAUAAGCCCAGAUCUUAAGUUAUAGGAAGGGAAUUUAUUAAAAGUAGAAUGCAGAUCGUGUUUUCCCAAUGAUACAACUAUGAUUUUUUUUUUUUUUUUCUGGCUUACAACUCUUUCCCGGGCCAUUCUGCCUUCUGUUUGUGUAAUCCAAUGUUGCCUUACAUUUCCCUCUAACCUGCAACCUGUUCGGAUGCAAAAUAACAAGAAUCUUGUACUUUUUUUCAGGGUUUUUCUGCAAAUUGUGGACCAAAGUUUGUUUUUUAAUUGUCUUAGUGUUGCAAGUUAUGAUUUCCUUGCUUAGUGUGGGAGCUCUUGACUUGCCUAGCACUGAGUGUUUGGAAAAGUCUUAACUUUUCUUAGUUCCUCCCUGAGCUCUUGAGGAUGUGAAUUAUGCUGGAGAAGCGUGUGAAGUCCGAGCGAGGGUUCGGCUUGGGUUGCUGGCGUGGGAUCGGGGAUCCUCGUCUGCCUUAGUCUUUGGCUUGUGGCUGAGGAGUGUGACACCACCUUCAGUGAAAGCGUUGCCCCAGCUGAGCUGAGAAAACUUCCAGCUGACGAGUAGACGCUGGUUUCAGUUACCUCUAAAUCUGAGUAAGCCUGUUAACGGAGCCUUGUGAUCUGCCUCUGCGGAAAGCUCCGUGUUUCCUUGCCAGGAUCUCACGUCCAGGAGGGCACGUUCAGGGUGUCGUGGUGGUGGUUGUCAAUCUGCUCAUCUCCCUUCCCCCCCAAGGCAAAGACCGGUCCCUCCUGCAGCCAGGGAGCGCUGGCGGCUCGGCCGCGCGCCCGAGCGCGCCGCAGGCAGCGCUUUCCGGGAGGGUCCGGGCGCAGCCCGAGCGGAACAGCUGCGGUUUAACCUUCUGAAUGCGUUCAGUCGGCCUCACCCAGGACGCUGGGAAGAGGCUGAUUGGAAUGAAACCUGUCUGGGGGCCUUUAACGGUGAUUUGGUCAACCCACAGGCUCUAUGUAUUUUGCAAAAUGCAAGCAAAUGAAUUGAGGUAACCCCGGAACCCAGGCAAUCGUGGGUUUUUCCUUUGGAUCCCUGUGUUUGCAUGUAAAGAAUGUGAGUAACAAAAGGGUGUACAUAUUUAUAAUUUUUUAUACCUGUUGUAAGACAUGAGGGGGCAGCAAAACCCAGUUUUUUAUGGUGAACAGAUGUAUUGUAUAUUUUGAUAACAGCUAUUCCAGGUUCAGUAUUGUGGAAGGUGGGGUGGGGAGGGUAAGCAUACACAACAUCGGAAUUCCAUUGCCUCUUUCAAAGAAUGUUUGUAAUGCAAAGAAAUGAAAUUAAAACUAUUUUAUAACAACCUUUGUACCUUUCUGUAGCUCCAUUAUUUACUGUUCAGAUUGUAGAAAGCAGUUAUUGGCCAGUCUGUACUUGUGCUUUCAAUAAAUUUCUUCUGUAUUCUUUGCUUCUGA